UCUCCGACUGGUCAUUUCAUUUUUUCUCCCUUCACGGCCGGGUCGGCAGCCCCCUCCGCGCUCCUAGGGAGGAACUCCUCGCGAGGAAAGGGGCCCUUGGCCGAGAGGCCGCCUUUCCCCGGAGACGAAGGGCCACGUGCCCGUAACCAAGAGGGCGGCGGCGGCCUCGGAAGAGCGUCGCGGCGCUUCCGGAGACGGCCGGUCAGCCGCGGCGGUCACGCCGGAGACCAUGGCGGCUUUCGCGGCGCGCCGGCGGGCGUGGAUCUCGGCGGGGGGCGUCUGCCGGCAGGUUCCCAGAACAUCAGUUCCUCUGAGAUGGUCGCAGGGCAAAGCCGCUUUGGUUCCUCAGCUGAAGAGUCUUCCUCUCCCUCCUUGGAGGCCCACAGUCCGGUGUCAGAGCACUGCAGCCGUUGCGGGCAUACAGGUUGCUCAAGCUGCAUCAACCCCACCUGUAGAGAACGUCCUCCCCUUAGAGGAACUUGGCCACCUUGUGCAAGAACCAACUUUUGCUGAACUAGGUCUGGAAAGCUACAGCCCAGUGGGCCUAGUCCUGAAGACCCUGGAAUCUUUUCACUUGGACUUGGGGCUGCCUUGGUGGGGAGCCAUCGUGGCAGGGACAGUACUCGUACGCUGUCUGGUUUUCCCACUCAUGGUGAAGAACCAGCAAGACUCGAUUGCGUUAAGCAACCAUAUGCCCCAAAUGACUGUGUUGUCUACUAAAGUCAGCGAGGCCAGGAAGACCGGCAACCACCAGCAGUUUAUGAAGGCCGUUGCAGAUCUGGAGCACUAUCAGAAAACCCAUAACGUUAACCCCUUGCGAGGAUUUAUCACGCCCUUUGUCCAGGCACCCAUUUUCCUCUCAUUCUUCUUUGCCCUACGCAAAAUGGCUGAGUUUCCUGUGCCCAGCCUGGAGACAGGGGGACUUUGGUGGUUCAUGAAUCUCACAGCCCCUGAUCCUUACUACGUACUACCCCUGACGGUAACUGUCACCAUGUGGAUUAUUUUGGAGACCGGGAUGCAAACAGCAGCCCCAAACCCAAACCUCGACCUAAUGAAAAAGGUUUUCCGAGUGAUGCCAGUGCUCUUCCUUCCUUUCAUCAUUUCCUUUCCAACGGCCAUCUUUACCUACUGGCUGACAUCCAACAUGUUCUCGAUUAUGCAAGUAUUACUGUUCCGUUUGCCCGCCGUUCGUACUUUUUUCCACAUCCCUGAGAGGGUGGUACACAGUCCUGAGCGCUUAGCUCCCCAGGAAGAUUUUCUGAAGAGCAUCAAGAAAGGAUGGAAGGAUAUCCAGAUCGCUCAUCAGUUAGAGCAGCGAGAGCAGUACAUUAAAAAACAACUGGAUUCAACACGUAAAGGGUCACUCCACCAAACCUUUCCCCAUAAACCUUUACAGCAUCCUGGCAAGUCAUCACCACAAAAGAGACAAAUAGGAUGAAUACCACUGAAUUCUAUUCAAGGCAAAAACGUUCUACUUCCCUUAUCCUUUUGCCCUAAACUAUUAAUUUUGUUUUCCACUUGCUCUGACAGCAUAUGUGUAAAUGUGUCUCUCUGUAAAUUUAUUACAUAAAACUAUGCUUUGAAUUAA